AUGAUAAGGGCGAAUACAUCUUCAAAGUCAAAUAAAACGCUCGAAAAAUUGGAUUCAGAUUUGGAUACCCCAGACGAAACAAGAUUUCAUGUUUUGAUGGAUUUUGAGACAAAAUGGUACAGAGUGUUAUUCGAUACCGGUGCGAUACACUCAUAUGUAGGUCAAAAUUUAUUAAGCAUAAUUAAAAGCAACAACUACGAAAUUAAAACCCCUGAUUCGGAUAAAUUAAUCGUGGCAAAUGGUCAGGGAGUGAGUAUCAUUGGCCAAGUACUCAUUCCUGUCAGAAUAGGCUAUGUCACUAAAGAAUUAUUAUUUAGAAUAGUGCCGAAAUUAACAUCAAAGGGUAUAAUAGGAACAGACAUGCUUAGAAAAUUAGGAUUGCAAAUGGAUUAUGAAAUUAACCAUUGGUGUCUUCCGAAAUUGCCUGAGAUUCGAUAUGCGAUCAAAGCGCUUCCUAAAGCAAAUUCAAAACCAAUUGAAAAAGAUUUAUUAAAUGAAAAAGGAAGUGGAAAAGAUAUGCGCGAAAUAGGAACACAAACAGGCUGGUCAAAUGUGGAGAGAGCCACGAGAUCAAAUAAAGAUAGAAAGAAAAAAGAAAACGAGAAUAAGGAGAGAAAGGAGAAAAAAAGAAAAGUUAUAACUCCCGAUUUAAAGCCAAAAGUAUUUUGCUAUUUGGAUGACAUAGUAAUAGUUUCGGAAACUUUUGAGGAGCAUGUGCAUUAUUUAAACUUAGUUUUGGAUAGAUUAUAUGAAGCUAGCUUAACGAUCAGCCCAGAAAAAUGUGAAUUUGGCUGCUCUGAAAUUAAAGACUUAGGAUUUGUUGUAAAUGGCAGAGCCUUACAGAUUGAUGAGGAUAAAAUAAAACCAAUUCUGGAUUUCCCACAACCCUUAAAUAGAUUAUUGAAAAAAGGUAAAAACUGGGAAUGGACAGAAGAUCAGGAAAAAGUCAUGGAAACGAUCAAGAAGUUGUUAACAACACCUUCUAUCCUGGCUUGCUCUGAUUUUAGACAACCGGUUCAGUUGGAAAUCGAUGCGUGUGAUACAGGCCUAGGAGCUGUAAUCACUCAGAUAAUAAUCGAAGGAAAUCAUUACGUAAUAGCUUAUGCCAGUAGAGGCUUAAAUGAAGCAGAGCGAAAAUAUUCAGCAUCUGAGAAAGAAUACUUGGCUGUUGUUUCGGAAAUGGCAGAGAGUCUGGAGAGGCAGGAGAGUCUUAGAAGAGAAGAAGAGAAGGGGAAGCUAAAUAUGGAAGAAGAGUUGGAUAAGGCGAUAAAGAAAAAUAUAGAAAAGAUGGAGAAAGAUUUAGGAACCUUGAGACAGGAGAUAUUGGAAUGA